GUACGACCUGCCCGGUCCGCCGCUCUGGCAUGAGCGGCUCAUCCUCGCGGUCGGCAGUCAGCCAGGAGCGCUGGUGGCGGUGGCUCCCCCGCUGGGAGCUCACCUCGGCCCCGCUGCGCCCCCGCCUGUGGCGGCAGGCGGCGCGGUGGUCCCAGGUGCGGUUGCUGCAGCGGCUGCGGCGCCAGGGCCCGCUGGCACUGCGUCGCAGGCUGGCUCCCCGCUCGUGUGGGUCGCGGCGGAGGACACUCAGGACAUCACGAAGGGGACUCAGAUACCAGUGCGGCCCGACAACGCCGUGACCCUCGGAGACAAGGCCAUCAUUCAGUAUGGGAACGGUCACUUGUUUGUGCAGCGCAUGGCGGAGGCUGAUAUAUACCGAUUCGUGCAUGAUGAUCUCAGAGCGCUGCCAAUCGUCACGGACGCGUCGGGUGAGCGCAGGGUCGGCUUCGCGGAAGCGGUGUCGGCCAUGGACCCUACGCCUCCACGGGGUGGUCUCGGCCUCGACGGUCCACCCACCACGUUCUGGCAGCUGAAGCAGAUAUUGGAGGCUGCGGCCACCUACGACCAACUCAAUUUGUCGGCGUUGAAGUGGGCCGAGUUGGUGUGCCGCCGCAUGGCCCUCAUCAAGGAGAUCCCUCAGGCCAGCGCGGUGGUGAUGUCUUACAGCCUCGACUUCAUCAAGCCCGCGCUCCACAGGUGCUUGGGCCCUUUCAUGCCCAUCGAUAUGGUCAGGCGGUCGCAGGCGAUCGGCCUCGCGAUCUUUUUCCCUUGCCCCCAGUUGAUGCGGGACAUGAGGUACCUGAGCAAGUUUUGGUUUCAGAUCGAGCCCUCCGGCGUCGUGAGCGGCGAGCGCACGAAGCUCGAGGAUGUCCUCGACCAGGAGGGGCGUCAGGUUUUAAUCGAGGGGGCCGACCGCAUGCUGAAGACCCCACAGGAGUGGGGGGAAGUGAUCGAGACCUCUCCUCAUGUCACCUCCUACUUCGAUGAGGUCUUACGAGCUGAUCAGAUUGCGCACGAAGGUUUCGUGAAAGACUUGUACCACGCGGGUAUCGUUGAGUUUGCGUUCGAGGUCGAGGAUCACAUCACUCCGUUCUUUGUCGACAAGAAAGACAAGGACUCCGUCAGUAAUGUUAAGAUGUUGGCAGCCGAUCAGCUCAGACGCGUGGGCUUCCAGGUUCAUGAAGAGGUGGAGGUAAUAACCUUUUUCGAGUCCCUGGGCUACCUGGUUGACGGAAAACGUGGAGGGGUCUUCCCGAUCCCGCAUCGGCUUGAGAAGGCCGUGGCAGCGUUUACUCAUCUCAGGAGAAGACCUCACGUCACGGGCUGGCAAAUUAGUAAGGCUCUCGGUUACGUCACGCCGAUAUUCCUCCUCACUCGCUCCAUGUUCUCGCUGCCAAAUGCCUCGUAUCAGUUCAUGCACGAGAACUGGAGCCGCAAGGGGCGUCUCUGGCACUCCGCCGCGCUGGAGUGUAAGUGGAUCUCUGUGCUGCUGCCGCUCGCUUGGGCGGACCUCAGGAUGCCGUGGACUCCGCAGGUAAAAGCUACAGAUGCUUCGCUGUCCGGGUACGCCGUGGGCAAGUCUCUCUGGAAUGUCUCGGAUGUGAUGGAGGCAGGGGGUGCUCGCGAGAGGUUUCGCUAUCGCUGUGCCGUGCCGUCUUCUGCGCCGCGUCGUGCCGCUCUGGGGGCCCUCGGCCCGUUCCAGGACCUCGAGGCGGCGAAGCCCAUCGUCGACCGUUUCGAGCCCUCCCCCUACGAGCCCAACUUCUCAUUCAAAGAGAUUCCCGAGGGCCUCCUACAGGACUCCAUGUGGAAGAGUAGCUAUGCGGCGCCCUUUGUGUUCAAGGAGGGCAUCGGGGACCUGGGGUCUCGGGCCACGGUCUCUGGCGUGAAGCACACCCUGAAGUCAUCCGGAGGAGCGCCCCACAAGCAGGCUCGGGCGCAGCUCAGGCGCGAGCUGGUCGGCCCCAUCGGGAUCAGGGCGUCGAACUCGUCGGAGUCGCACGUCGAGACGUUCCUGGAGGCGAAUGCCGUCACCGAGCGGACCCACGCCAUGUAUGUGAAGAGGGUCGCCGACUUCGAGAGCUGGGCGGAUGCCAGGGGGCUCAGGCUCACCUCUGCCAAGCUGGUGGACUGCGCGCUGGUCGACUACCUGAAUCAGAUGUGGAUCGAGGGCGCGGACAUCGGCGAGGCGACGGGCACCUAUGCGGCCUGGGUCAAGCUCCGCCCGUCCUUCUCCAAGAAGGGCCCCGACAAGCUGGCGCGGACCAUGAAGGCGCUGCAGGGGUUCAACAGGCUCGACCCAGGCAGGACCAGGCCGCCGCUACCUUUGGCGUUCGCGGCGCUGAUCGCCUUGGAGCUCGUCGGCAUAAACCUCGUCAGCAUGGCGCUGGCGGUGAUGCUCAUGUUUUCGGCCUACCUGAGGCCGAUCGAGCUCCUCUCGCUUCAGGUGACGGACGUGCUCGUGCCAACCAAGGGCAGCCCCUACUACGCGAUUCACCUACACCGCGCGGAGAGGGGCCAACCCAGCAAAGUUGGCCUGUACGACGAGACGCUGCUGUUGGACUCGUCGGCCCUCCCGUUCCUCGGAUACCUUCUGGACGCGCGCCGGGGCGCGGCUGCAGGGCCAGCACUGUUCGACUUCGACUACCGGAGUUUCAACGAGAGUUUCAAGACUGCUGCCAGGACCGCAGGACUGGCCGUCCUCAAGCCCGACCUGUACCAGUUGCGUCACGGCGGGCCCUCGCACGACAUCCUGACCCGCCUCCGCUCGAAGGCAGAGGUAAAGGACAGAGGUCGCUGGAGGGGCGAUCGGUCGGUCCGACGCUACGAGGCGCACGGCAGGCUCCAGCUCCAAGAGAAGCUGGUCUCCGAGGAGACACAGAGCCGCGCCGCCAUGUGUCUAGUCAACCUCGAGGCCCAGCUCCGGUCAG